AUUGCCAUAAAAGCAUGUCCGUAUCGUCAUGAGUUUUUCAAAAAACUUGGUAAUGACCAAGAAAAAGUGUAUCAACAAUGUGAAAGUUGGCUAUCUUCUCUUGAAAGAAUUAUUAAGAGACUAUACACAUUUCCUGAAAUUCAUUAA